AUGACGCUCAACCUCAAAGACUUUGACGUCCUGGUGUUUGAUAUUGAAGGAACCGUCUGUCCCAUCUCCUUUGUCAAGGACGUUUUGGUGAGUUGUCCUGUCAUACCGUCUUGUCUUACUUCGCAACUCUUCCGUCUUUUUUUACUCCCCUUACCCUUGCAUGACCUCCGUCCCUCCCUCCCUGCCGCACCCGGGUCCGGACCUCCGUAUGGAUACCGCCGAAAUUCGUCCCAGCCUCCUCUUCCGGGCCUCGUCCGUCCAUCUCUCGGCCUUGGUACUCAUCUCCCGGGUGUCUACGUUGCCGAACCAACUCCUGCCAAGUCGCGCAGGUCUCGGGCGUGUGCAGCUGGCUUCUCGGGCCAUGCACCUUUUCUCCCAGCCCCUCGACCCUCUUCACCGACUUUGCCCCGUUUUGCGUUCCCAUAUGCACUCGAUGCACUUCCCAAUGUCCUUGACCAAGAGUGGGAUAGCCCAGAGUUUGCAAAGUACCGCGAUGCCUUUCCGGAAGAGUACCGCAACUCUCGCUCAGACUUUGAAGCGCAUGUCCGCGAUCUCGUGAGGCGUGAUGUCAAGAUAGCCUACCUCAAGUCGCUCCAAGGAUAUCUCUGGCUGCAAGGCUACAAGUCGGGCAACAUCGUAGCUCCCCUCUUCUCUGAUGUUGAGUCCUUCUUCAACGAGGCCGUCCGAGAUGGAAAGAAGAUUAUCAUCUACUCUUCCGGCUCAGUUCCUGCGCAGAAACUGCUAUUCUCUCACACAAACUCCGAGAAGCCAGACAUGACGCCUCUCAUCGCCGACUACUUCGAUACCACGAAUGCGGGGCCCAAGACCGAGGUCGAUAGCUACACGAAGAUCAUUUCUAAACAUCCGGAGCACAAAGACCUCAACAGAUGGCUCUUCCUGAGCGACAACAUCGACGAGGUCAAAGCCGCUGUUGGGGCGGGUAUGCGCAGCCUGCCCGUUGUUCGUCCUGGAAACGCGCCCUUGCCGCCAGACGAUCCUCUCUCCAAGCUCGCCAUUAACGAGUUCAAACACUCCGAGGUCGCUUCUUUGGGAGUAUGA